AAACUGGACAAUAAUUAUAGGACGGAGGGAGUAUAUCAAAAAGUACUUUUCCAAAAAAGCUUAAGCGUGCAUCAUAAAUCUUUUCACCCUAAAAUCUGGCAUCGUAAUGGGUUAAAUUUUUGGGUUAUUCUUUUUACACCCCUUUAGGAUGAUCAUCAUCACAUGAUCAACUCUGAUCAGUGAUCAUCACUACAAUUCUCACCUCUUUUAGGCCAUAACUUCCUCUCUAUAAAUUCAGACUCCACACACUACUAAUCCCACUUCAAACUCAUCAUCUCACUCCAUCUCCAAACGUUCUUAAUUAUUUCAAUCCAUAUUAAUCAAACCGUAUUUAUUUUCAUUCAAUCAUCUUCAUGAUGACGAUGAUAAAGCUGAAGAUCUUUGCAUUGUUUGCAGUUUUUGUUUUGGUUCUUGGUGGAUCAGUUGAGAAGGCAAAAGCAGUGACUUGUAGCCCUUUGCAGCUCAGCUCUUGUGCCUCAGCCAUUGUUUCUUCAACCCCUCCAUCGGCACUUUGUUGCUCCAAGAUCAAAGAACAAAGGCCCUGCCUUUGCAGCUAUCUCAAGAACCCUAAUCUCAGGAAGUUCAUCAGCUCUCCUAAUGCUAGGAAGGUGGCUAAAACUUGUGGCACUCCUUUCCCUAGAUGCUGAAAAUUUUUAAUCUACUUAAAGUCCCUUUUUCCUCAUAUGAAUUUCCUAUCUUCUAUAAAAAAUCUAGUCCAGGUGAUGGUUGAGUUGAGUAUGAUAUGUGGCACUUAAUUUCUUAGCCUAUGUUCAUUGUGCUUUGAAUAUGAUUCAAGUUAUGUGGCUGGAUUACUAUCCUAUCUGUGAUUGUACUUUUAUUUAAGCUUGUGUCUCUUGUAAUGAAGAUAUAAUAAUAUUAUUAUUCAAUUAAUCUGCUUCCA